ACACAUGAGAGCCUGUUACAAGAGCAACAUUUCCACAGUGCUCUUUCCUCUUUCUUGCUGGUUCCAUCGCAAAAAAAGAAGCUUGAAUACUUUGCAAAACAAAUGCGCAAUAAAGUCCCAAGUCCACACAAUGUGAUUGGGGAAUCUGUUGCGUUUCGCUGCCCCUUUUUAUUUCGAAUCGCGCACCAAAAACGAACCAUUUCCUGAAUCAGUCAUGUGGUACGGCCGGCUCGCGAGGCUUCGAACGGCAUCACAUACGUCAUCGAUACAAGCCUCGAUAGGCGCUUCACAAAGAUCUUCCUGGAUUACUCGACAAACGUUCGAAGGCUCGACACGAAAGGACACAUCACCACCCACCAGAGUCCGGAUGUGUGGACACACUUGUUGAAGUGGACUUUGUACAAAGUUAAACCUCAGACUCACGAAGCUAGCGUCGCGUGCUAGGAGGAAGUAGCCGGAGAGGAACUCGGCCACACAGCGCGAGUCGCAGUGACUCUUCAUAGAGACUAAACGGUGUGUUUCAUCGACCCACAAUGUCCACGUGAACCUGUCUGAAUGGACUCUGUGUUGUUCCGCUUCAUUGAAAACGUCCGGAUUGUCUCCUGGUGUCCUGUGGAGCUCAUGACGUCAGCGUUUCAGCAGGAGGAAGACGGACCCGAACGGACCCGAGCGAUACCGAACAGGGCCGAGUGAGCGACGCGUUUUUAACGGAGUUGUCUGGAGGAAACGUUUUCUGAAAAUGUCUAAAGUCCGACAGCUGAGAUGUUUAGUCAACCAGCGACUAACUGCGGCUGCUGAAGAGAUAUUUGAUCUGUUUGAAAGAACGAUAGCAGAAUAUGAGGAGGAACUUUCUAGUUCAAAAGAGGAGAACGAGCGACACCGGAAACUACUGGACGCUGUGUUCAACCCGGAAUUCCGCAUACAAAGAGCAGACGUCCAGCAGCUGUUGGUGCUUCAACAAGAGGUUCCCUCUGAGCAACAGGUGUGGAGCUCCAGUCUGGACCAGGAGGACCCAAAGCCCCCACACAUUAAAGAGGAACAGGAGAACCAGGAGAAUCCACACAUUAAAGAGGAACAGGAGGACCAGGAGGACCAGGAGGACCAGGAGGACCCAGAGCCCACACGCAUUAAAGAAGACCAGGAAGAACUUUGGACCAGUCAGGAGGGAGAGCACCUUCCAGGGCUGGAGGAGGCUGGGUUCACGUUCUCAUUCACUCCUGUGAAGAGUGAAGAGUGAAGAUGAGGAAGAGGAAGCUCAUUCCUCACAGCUUUAUCAAAGACAAACUGGAAAUAUGGAAACAGAUGCUGAUGGAGCAGAUUGUGGAGGACCAGAACCAGACAGGAACUCA